GUAACUGUUGUAGCGGCCAUACCAGAAAGGCGCACAUACUUCCGUAGGCUUUGUAGGCGAAAACGUCGCCAUUUUGCAGCUGUGCUAAGUAUUAUGAAGACACAUGGAGUCUACCGAGAGUGAUAAUUUAGGUGUUGGUGCAUACGCGAACGGGAAUGUCUAUCGCUGCCCAUCUGUAGACUUCAUGAACUUCCGUUCAAAUGAAGAGUGUGGUUCAAGUCAGGUGCAGUACACGCGUUAUGGAGAUACCACUUCGUGGCAACUACCAGCCAGUUCAGAGAAUCAAGCGUGUUUGGGUCACGAUACUGGAUGGAGUGCUGCGGUGUUGAGACCCGUCUCUCCAGCUCAAGUCACUGCUCAGUCAUCACAAGAUGCUGUCACACAUCACAGAUUUACCACAGCUCUUCAAGUAGGUCUGAAUACACCACCGAAUGCCCAGCCCACUUUUACACCUUACUCGACUCCGCCCCCUCCUCAACCACCACCCCCACACCAAUCGUCAUCAUCAACAUCUUGGUUAUUAUCAUCCUCCAUAACAUUACUCCAGCAGAUAGCAGACUCGACCACGGUAAGAAACUCCUCAGACUCUGCCGUUGACCUGAGCACACGUGGGAGUCGCGUGUUUACAUCCAGCGAGUCCAGCCCCGGCGUCUCGGGCGCAGCGUGCGUUCACACUUCGCCUGCUGUCCCGCCUGCCCCUGGCCCUUCUUGCCCCUCAACCUUGGCCGGUGCUGGCCGCUUGGAGGCGCAAGGAGCUCAAAACAUGCCGUGUAUCCACGAUGAAACUUGUGUCAUGACUGAAACAUUCGUCUCUGACAGUCGAAAGAGAAGUAUCGUCAAUAACUGGACCAGAGGCAUCGCUGGACCCGUCGUUGUGCUCCCAAACAACAACCUGAACACCAACAUCAAUAUGUACAUCGAAGUGGACAGCCACGGCCCAGAAACAGAAACAAUAAAUCCAGGAAGACCAGUCAAGACAAGCGAGGCAAUUUCUAAGAAGAAUUAUUUCUUGAGGCGAGAGGACAGGGAUGCGGAGGUUGCAUCUUCAGAAACCAUGGUAACGGGACACAUUUCUCGAUCUGAGAUCGAUGCUGAGGAGACAAACAUCCCCAAGCCUGUCGAGAAAGAGGGAAAAGAUGCCAAAAGGGGGCAAAAAUCGACCAAAAGGAGACACCACGAGUGCCAUGGGAGAAUGAGAAGUGAAUCGCCGAACAGACAGAGACUUACUCGUACUCCGCCACCAAUCACUAGAACUCCUCACCCUGACGCGCCCGUGAUUCCCGGCGUGGUACCCGGCCCAGUCCGCCCGAUAUUACCGUCAUCAAUCAAAGCAAUACCUCUGCAAAUUCAACCACUGGACUCCCGCCCCUUGUCCCCGAUAUCGCACCUCAAAACUCCCGUUCAAACUUUUAUGCAAAGUACUGCAUCCACAACCAAAUCUGAGAACUCUGUAGUUGACUCUACAACUCACAGAUUAGUGUUCUCCGGUGCAUUUAGGGACAACUCAGUUACGGAUGUACCAAUCAGACCAGUACCCAUCACCGGGACCCUCCGGCCGUAUCUAGCCGCGACUCACCCACGAUAUCUUCCUCUCCCUCCGGUACAAUUCCCACCCCGUCCCUUACUACCCAUUCCCUUACCACCCCUUGCACUCACCGGUGCACCGCUAAACUUCUUCCACCCGGGUAUCCCUAUAGUCCCUCAAAACCAAACCUUCCCCCCGUUCACAAAUCUACCUCAUCAUGCUGGACUUUCUGUGCCGAUUUUUAAGAGACCUCCGCUCUUUCCGAGCGCUGUCCAGAUCGGACCGGACUCUGUGAGCUUGAGGCAACGGUACGGCGCGCCGAUCGAACCGCCUAGGCGGCAACCACGACGCCGGCGGCGUAGCUCGACCGACUCCCAGCCCGUGGAUGACGGGCCAGAAGCGCACCAGGCACGGCGCAAGCAAGCCAACGCCAGGGAGAGAGACCGAGUGAAUCAUCUGAACUCGGGGUUUGAACAUCUGAAACAAGUACUGCCGUUCAUGCACCAUGGACGACGGAUAAGCAAAGUAGACACACUGAGAGCAGCUAUAGACUACAUCAAUCACCUACAGAGAGUGUUAUGGGAGGCAGAUACGGCAAGCUAUCUCAAUGAAACAAGAUCAAUAGUAGGGCCAAAUCUCCCGACGGCUGAUAUGUGCAACUAUAUUCACCAUCACCACCACUACCCAAGGAUUGGUUUUCUCCCGACCAGCUUCACGUUUGCAGGCAACACUUCGAGAACAGCCGUCGAGACAUGCAGCAGACUGGAACUUGCACCACCCCCAACUAAGAUACCGCGCCUGACCGCCCCACCACCGCCCCACGAUGCAGGGUCUCUUCACUGGCUCCAUGGCUACGGAGGGAUUCGAGUCCCAUUCGCGAAUGGACCCAGUGAAAGUUCGACCCACGUCCCUGCCAGCUUGCAGAGCAUUACCGCCAAAAGUGACGUCAACAAUAACGACACGGGCAGAUGCGGCAACCCAACGUGAAUAAAGCAAACCUCGGCAUGAUUUCGACUGCAAAAAACAUCGUGAUUAUAAACAUUGACGAGUUAACAUGUAGGCCAACAUGUUAUACAGUAAAUAUUAUCAGUAUAGAAUUUACUGAAAUAGGGUUUGUCGAGAUAUGUUUGACACAGUAUCUGUGAAAAAAAUAUACGUGACAUUCAAACACAUAUAAGUACAGACUGUUGAACAGCUCAUUGACAAAAAUCAUGAUUUUUCGUUUCUUAGAAUUUGGGAAAAUAAUUACACCGAUAUUAGUUCUAAAUGUGAUAUUAUCAAAUUAACCGAUUGGAAGUCGUAAAUCGAAUUUGUUCUUGCUUGUAUUACCGGAAAGUAAUUAAAAGGUUUGCUCGAGAUUGCUUUCAUAGUUCACAUCUAAACCAUUUUACGCUUUGCAAAUCUGUUGUGUAAAGUUUGAUAAUGUUAUGAAUGUAUUUAUUCUCCAUUCUUGUUAUCAGUAAUCGUUGGCACGCAAUGUUGCGUGUUUUUUUAAUUUAUGUAGAGUAAUGUUAUUUAUUCUGAUAAGCAUAACUAUUGUUCAGCGUUAAACUUGUUUCAUUCUGUAGUUUUGAAAAACGAAGAGCUGGCAUUUCAAGUUUUUUUGCAAUUUGUUGGGAGGGAAAGGGACCCAAAGCAUUUCAGAAAACUCAGUGAGAGGAGAUUUUAAACCAACAAUUGCAUUGAAUAGCCUAUCCCUAACAGUCCUGAAUCCUCCAAUUUUAAUAUGAUUUUGCACACCUCCUAGGGAGUUAGGGUUAAUAGCGAAAUACAUGAAAGCGUAUUUAUUCAUUUUGGGGGGAACAGUAAUAUGUUGAUUAGUGGGCAUCCAUAUGAGAAAGUCAAAUAAAUUUAUCCUGCCUUUCGACAAAUCGGGGAGGUGAAAAAAACUUAAGAGCUUACUGAAUCAAAAGCACAUUCAUUUUGCAAUUAUCUUUCUAUAUCUGCAGAAACGAUGCAAAACAACCAGUUGUUUUCAGUAAACUUGUUUUACACUUAGGUUGUAAUUUAUAUUGAAAAUAAAAAAAAUUUGUAUUUACCUCGCAAAACUAGACUUGGAACAUCAACAUGGAUAGUUAAGUCCUUACUUUGUAUUUUAAGCGUCUGUUUCAAAAGUUAUAAACUUGGUAAAAAGUAAACUGCAAAAUGGACUCGAGCAAAUGACAAGAACCCACAUUUUGGAUUUGCAAGAAUAAAUACCAACAGUUUAAUAAAAUACA